ACCUAAUAUAACUUUCCCUCUCCGUCCCUAAUCAACGAUAGCCGGCGAUCCGCGCCCCCGCACCGCCAAUCUCCAACGGUCAUUUCUCCACCGUUUGCUGUUUCUCCACGACGCGUCGUUUUCAGAUGGAUCUUGAAGCCAAGAGGUUUGGAAGUGGGCCUCGGGAACUUGGCGGUGCUGCUGAUCUCAUAAAUCAGUAUAAGCUUUGUCGUCAUCAUGAAUUCUUUUGCAAGAGAUCACUGCCUUUGUCAAUAUCAGAGACUCAUUAUCUGCAAAAUGUGGUGGGAGACACUUUGAUCAGGAAAGGGGAAGGGAUGGAAUUAGAUCAGCUCGUUCAGAACAACCUUUGUACGAGAGAAAAAAGUGGACAUAUACAUCCCUUUGAUUUGGAUAUACUUCAUGAAGCUUUUCCAUUAAGGGAAACAACUCCUGUUAAAUUGCCUUCUGCAGAGAAGGGGAUCCGUACCUCGGGGAAGUCAAAAAGUGAGGCUGAUAAAAAGGAGAGGAAGCAUAAAAAGCACAGAGACAAGGAUAGAGAUCACAAGAAACACAGAAACCGUCACAAGGACAACAAUGGCAAUGCUGGUAUGAACAAGAAUACCGCUCAUGACUUGAAAACUGAGCAGUUGAAGGAACAAAAAGAUAGGUUCAUCCAGAAGAGGAGGCUUGCUGGUUUUGAAGAUCCUCCCGUCUCCGGACAUAAAAAAGCCAGAAUCAAACGCUGAAACACGGUGCGGAUUUUAAACUAGCAAAAGUUUUGUAGACCGUGUUUAUCAUGAAUCGCAUGUUGCAGACUCACAUUGUCCAAAUGACAAAAUGACAGAAACUGCAACACCCAAAACAUUAUUGUUUAAUUUAUUUUUUCCGAUCUUGCUUUGUUUAA